AAUGGAAAUCCAUAAUUCUAAACUCCAUUGAAAUCUUUUAAAAUGGAUCACACACUCGCGCUUCUUUAUGAUCCAGAGUUCAAUAUUCAAACUUAGUAAGUUUGAUCUCAAUUUAUACGAGACGCUCUGUUGGGGUAAAAAAUGAUAGAGGAUCUUCCUACUACGUACUCCGUAUUUCAUUUCAAUGGUGGAGAGUACUCCGAAACUUUACAAUUUCAGCCCAGUUUUUCAAAGCUUUUCACCCUCCAACUAAAUAAUCAGUGAUCUCAUCUCCGAACUCUUCUUCUUCCUUUCAACUUGGGUGCCCAAAUGGAAAUAUAUGCCGGCGCGCUUGGAUCUUGCACAUCAAAUCCUGCGCUUAUUACGUCGCGCGACGUCGCGCAUUCUAUUCAUGCUAACCCGCCCUUCAUCGCUGCCAGCAGACGUCGCAAGCAGUUGCCGUCUUGGUCUUCAAACCUUUUUACUCCCCGUAACUCUGCAAGGACAUUCACGCCUACUCCUUCCCCGGGCCAUCGUGUCAUGUUUCCUCGAAGGGCUGCUGCUGCUGCUUCUGAUACUACUGACAAUAGGUUUGAUGAUUUGAUUGAGAAAUAUGGGCAGCUGGUAUUUAGAAGAAAUGACAACAAAACUGCAAGUGAGGAUGCUGAGGAUGAUGCUCAAAGUCUAUUGUUUGCUGUAGCAGUAGCUAAUGUCGCGAAUGAGGUGAAGGCUGCUGACAUAAAAGUUCUUUUUGUGAAGCCCUUGGUUUAUUGGACUCGGUUUUUCAUCAUUGCCACUGCUAUGUCUCGUCCACAAAUUGAUGCCAUUGCGUAAAAACUGCACCUGACCAAAAUAAGAGAUUUGGGUGAGAAGCAGUUCGGAAGAGUUGCAUCAGGAGAUUUAAAACCAAAUUCAUGGACUUUGCUGGACUUCGGUGACAUUGUGGUACAUAUAUUUCUGCCUGAACAACGCCAGUUAUAUAACCUUGAAAAGUUUUAUGGCAAUGCAACACCCAUUGAUCUGCCAUUUGAAAACCAACAAUUUCAGCGUUCACAAUAUUUGAGAAAUUCGAGCCCUCUCGAAUAAUUAAUAGAUCAUCAUAGGGCCGUAUAAAGAAGAUGCUCAAGAGACUCCAAGGAAGCACUAAACAUUAGUGAGCUCUCAUGACUUUAUAGGCUGACUAUCACUGAUGGUGUAAAUGACAGUUUCAUGAGCUUUAGUGAAUUAUUAUGCCUCAAGGACCGAUGCCUAAUAUUGUAGUCUGGUUUUUAAUGCAUUAGCAUGUAUUUACAUCAGUUAGCUGUGUUUUAGACUUUAGUUUGAUGUUUUACUUUUGUGUGUUGUUGUAAUUCUAAUUUGUUUAAUACUUCGUACGGAGUAUAAAAUAAUUUUGACCGUUAUUUUAUUUACACUUUUUGUUUGACACAAAUACACAGUUAUUAAUGGCUUGUUCAAUUAAUAAACUUGU